AUGCGUGUCGCUAUCGCCGGCUCCGGGGCUGUCACAAGCUAUCUCGCAGAAGAAUUUCCAGCCGCAGGGAUCGACGUUGUCAUCCUGACCCGGUCCAUCAAGCCCCAACUCGAGAACAUCCCCGGUGUCCAGCAGUUCGUCACAGACUACUCCGUCGCUUCCAUCCUGGAGGGCAUCGAGGGCAGCACCGCCCUCAUCUCGACCAUCCUCGACUACACGCCGGCCUUCAUCGACGUGCACCGCCGCCUCAUCGAGGCCGCGAGGAAGAGCAAGACCUGCAGGCGCUUCAUCCCCGCCGAGUACGGCGGGAACCUCGAGGACUUCCCCGACCAGCCCGGGUUCUACUCGCGGCUGCAGGGCGUCAUCCGCGCGGAGCUCGCCGCGCAGGGCGAGCUCGAGUGGACGCUGCUUUCCACCGGCUGGUUCGUGGAUUAUGUCGUCCCUGCUCACAACCGCAGGCUCCAGGACGCCGGGGACGCGAUCCCGGUCAACCUCGCGGGCAACAGUGCGGUGAUCCCCGGCACGGGCGACGAGCCGCUCGACGUGACUGCCGUUCGGGACGUCGCCCGCGCGAUUGCUAAGCUUCUCCAGGCGCCUCGGUGGGAGCAGUACACGUAUAUCUCGGGGGAGAAAACUACCUGGAAUGAGAUUGUGGCGCUGGUGCGUCAGAAGUACCCCGAUAUAAAGAUCAAGCACCGCAGCCUCAACCAGCUGAUUGAGGAUAUUGUUGCUCAUCCCGAGGGUGAGGAGCGUAUUAUUGCGGAGUACGGAAUUUUCUCUGCCAGCCACGCUGGUUCUCUUCCAGCUGAGAAAGUUGCCGCACAUCGAGAGAAGUACUUUUCCGGGGUUGUGUUUAGGACUGGGAAAGACUUGAUGGCUGAAGUCGAGCGGGAUCCGAAUGUAAUCGUCUAACGUGCCCUUAAAAUAGUGGGAGGUAUCUCUUUUCAUAUCAAUACAAUACGACGUCGAGCUCCGGCAUUUCUGCUAGGAUGCGUGUCCAAGGUUGAGGCAGGAAUCCUGGAGGGCUAGUAUCACGACGCCUCCACACUUCUUCGACUGCCUCCAAUAACGUAUUCCAGGUAGCGAUUCCUAAUGACUUUCGUUUGGAAAAGAGAAAUCUCGCCCUGUUCCGUAGGUCUGGGUCCGAAGCUUCGAAAGCG